AUGUCAGCUCUCACCGCCUUGAAAACAAUUUUAAACCGUCAAACUCUGCAUAACCCUCUGAUACUGAGAGCUACCCAGCGGAUUGUGAUCCGUUCUAUUGCCAAUGACGCUAACAGGCAAGAAAUAAGGACACUGGAAGAUCUGAGUAAAUUAAAGUCACUCAAUGAUGUAGACCCUGAACUAAUCAAAAAACUCAUUAAUGAACGUACUAGUGAGCUGAAUACUAAGAAUGAGCUCGACAUGUUGAAAGGUUUCGAAGAAGAAGAGAAGAAAUUACGCCAAUCACCAUUGAAGAGGUUUACAAGACCCUUAUGGAUCUUUCUGCUAAUGAGUUCCACGGUAUACCUCAUUUGUCAUUAUGUGUGGUGGAGACUGGAGUACGAAGAGAAAGAGAUUGCGUACUCUCAUCGAGUGGGGGAAUUGGAAGCUGAAUUAAGAGACUUACUGGCACAUAAAUCAGAAGGAGAAGACACUAUUUUAAGAGAAAAUACAAGAAAUAGACCGUGGUAUAAACGUUGGUUUUUCUAA